AUGACUAAGAAAAAGAGGAAAAUUAACUCCCACCUAAAGGAAAGAAGACUUCCGGUAGCUCCGAGUGAUAGCUCUAUCGACGUCUUUGGACUCUUUUCCUUUUGGUUCUAUUUUUAUCGCAACCAUUGUUCAUCAUUCCGGAUCCGUCAAAUCGACCAUGAUGGGUUCAACUCUGUUGUUGCUCCUCUUUCACUCGAUAAUAUAGAGGUUGAAUCAUGUUCUAGUGAAGAGGAAUUGGAAUUUCAAGAAGAAACUCUAGCAGAUUCAAAUAUGGGUGAAAUUUUGAAUUCUCGCCUAAAAAAUUCAAAUUUUCAAUCUCCCGCCCAAACGGUUGCCAAGGCCGGCAAUACCUCCGACCCCGCCUGGACCCUUUCCCAACACAAUAGAGGCUCCAUUCUAGCCCGCCAACCGAGUAAUAGGACGGAACUUGAUGGCCCUCUCUUGCUUAAAUCGGUUGCCCUCUCUUCCAUUGGCCAACCUAGCUCUAAACGACCUAUCGAACCGGGUGUUUCUUCAAAACCCCACCGCCGAAUAGAGAGAUUUGUUUGCCACUAA